UACGCCAUACCUUUUAUAGGGGAAAGCUACGCAGAAUCAGCAAACAGGUCUAUUCAUGCUAACUACGGCGGUGGCGGUGGUGGACUGUUCAAUCCACGUGGCUACUAUUGCUGUAAAGGCGGAGGCGGCGGGGGUGCAGCACACUCUUCCGAUGGUGAGAGUCCACGGACUUACCGUGUAAAACCAGCUUACGGAGGAAAAGCGUAUGGCAUAUCUUUAUUGAUAGAAACCAUUUUUAUGGGAAGUGGCGGUGGAGGCGGAGCCAGAAAUGAAGAAUGUUGCGCUUUACCUGGAGCUGGAGGAAACGGUGGCGGUAUUGUAAUGAUAUUUAGUCCUGCGAUCACCGGAUCAGGAGGAAGUAUUAGUUCACGUGGUGCUAGAGGUCAAGAUGCGGGCCACAACAUUGAAGCAAAAGGUGGAAAACAAGGUGGUGGUGGAGGAGGCGCUGGUGGAUCAAUUCUGUUAGUCACCUAUUCUUUUGGUAUACCUGUUGAUGGAUCUGUAAGUAUAGACUUGAGAGGCGGAAUAGGAGGGAAGGAAUCAGAUUCAGACAAUAAAGCACCUGGCGGAAAAGGAUCACAUGGGCGAUUCAUGUGGUACAAGUUGCCGAGGCUCGAAAAAGGACCACUGUCAUUGCACUAAAAGCACUUCAAAGUAACAACAUCAGUCCUCUUGUAUAACAUUGCAUCAAAAGACAGGAUAGAACUGUAGACUUGCGUUGGCAAUGAUAUAUAGCAAAUGAGGAUUGAUUGUUCUAGCUAGUUUGCACAACAAAACUCGUUGCUGAAUUUCUUGAAGCAGCACAAAAUAUAGUGCAAUGAUUCCUG